AUGUCCGCGCCAAACUCCCGCCAGGUGGCGUCUUUAGACGCAAACGGCGUCUAUGGCAAUCAGAAACCGGCCCUUCGGGUCAUACUAGGCACCGCCUCCAUUGGGUCAGCAAACGUGGCCAUGGCUAAAAUCAAUACUGUCGAAGACACAGCAAAGUUCCUCGACACUUUCAGGUCACGUGGAUAUGUCGACAUUGACACGGCCCGGGCAUAUCCAGUCGGACGUGGUGGGACGUGUGAAAAGCUGCUUGGUUCGAAGCCUUUGAAAAUUGGCACGUGGGCCAACGUCAGCACAAAGGUGUCUAGUUUUAUGCUUGGAUCCCAUCGCCCAAAGAACAUUGCGGCUAGCAUCGAGAAGAGCCUUGGCGCUCUUAAUAUGGAUAGUGUGGAUACAAUGUACCUACAUGCCCCAGACCGAGCUACGCCCUUCAAAGACACUCUGGCAGCCAUGCACUCCGCUUAUCACGCUGGAAAAUUCGAAAAGUGGGGGCUUUCAAAUUUCUCCGUCUCUGAAGUGGAGCAAGUGAUCCAGAUCUGUCAGGUUGAAAACCUUGUCAUGCCAGCUGUGUAUCAGGGCCAGUACAACGCAAUCUGUCGAGGUGCCGAAGAGGAGCUGCUCCCCAUACUACGAAAACAUGAUAUAGAAUUCCAUGCAUACAGCCCAUCCGCUUGUGGGUUUUUCUCCGGGAAGGUGACCAGGGCGACAUCAGGGGUCUCUGGCUCACGGUGGGACGCCAAAUCGCCUCUGGGCGCAAAGUAUAGCCAUGAUUACUUUCACGAUCUAAUGUUCUCGGCCGGGGAGAUGGUGCGGCAGUGUGCUCAAAAACACGGAAUCAAAGGACAUGAUGUUGGAUUGCGAUGGAUAGUCUGGCAUUCACAGUUAGAUGCCGAACGCGGCGACGGUGUGAUUGUCGGAGCAAGCAAUGUGAAGCAACUAGCGGAGAACCUGGACAUACUUGAGCAAGGACCACUCCCCCAGGAAUUGGUCAAAGUUAUUGGAAUGGCUUGGAAAAUGGUAAAAGAUAUUGAGCAUGGGCCGAAAUACAAUAUGGGACCUUGA